UAUACCGGCAAUACUUAAUUUACAAAAUGGCGGGUGUUUUUGGGUCUCGUGAAAGGAGAUUCACAAUUGAUGAUGCAUUUGAAGAAGAGAAUGACGAAGCUAUCCGUGUUUAUGGUUCUACAACAGAAAGAUCUCCCUUGAAGCCAAAAAGCAGGAAUAUGAUAUCAGAGGACAGUAUAAUAGUGCGUAUAGAGGAUCCGAUUAGAACUGCCAGUACAAUUACAAGUACAGCCCCAAGGUUUAAGACAUCAGACGACGCUACAUCAAGAGAUAGUGACUCCUUGAUCCAGGAUGGUGGAUUUUAUACAGGAAUGUUUGAUCCAACACAGUCAGGUUGGAGGCACCCAAAGAUCAGGGAGAAUUGGAAAAUGGUCUUGGCGGCAGUUGUGUUGUUAAUUGUUGGAAUUGGUCUUUUAGUUACUGGUGCUGUGGUUAUAUGCUUGCCUAUGCCAGGCAUACAGGCAUUUGUGUUCUUCAUUGCUGGCUUCAUCUGCUUCAUUCCCGGAGCAUAUCAUGUGGUCUAUAUUUACUGGGCAGUGAAAGGCAAACGUGGUUAUGAUUUCUAUCAUCUUCCACUCUUCAACUGAUUGUUUCUGUAUUUUUCUUGCUAUAAAGUUUAUAUUUUUUGGCACUGGUUAAUUCUAAAGAUUUGAGGUUUGCUAUGUGAUAGCAUUCUCACUCUGUUGCAGCAACAUCAUUCUUAACAGUACAUUUUGAGUUGGCCUAAUUUAUAUUCAGAGCUAAGCUAACCUCAUUUUCUGGAUACAAUCUGAUACCAAUAAAAUAUGUUCUACUUUUUUGUCAUGAGCAAGGCAAGAUAUGGUCAUUUUUUUAUUAUUCCAAAUGCACAACUUAAACGUCCUUUUCAAAGAGAGACUGAAAAUAUUCUCAUGUUACUGAGAGACUUUUGAGGAAGUGAGUUAUGAUUGUAAUGACUGAUAUUAUUAAUGAUCUGGUAUGUAACUUAAUACACUUUAUUUUUAUUAUAAAUAUCACAUUUGUAAAUAAUUGUAAAUAGUGCUUAUAGCUAUGUAGGUAUUUGUAUAAAGUUCCUGUUAAAUCUACAUUGAUAAUUUAUUGUACAAGGCAUGAAUUAUGUGCUCAGUUAUGUUAACAUUAUUGGGGUCUAAGUGAAAUGCAUAAACCAGUUUCCUUUUGUAUAUGUGUUUUCCUUUGUUGGUGAUUGUGAGCACAAUUCCCAUUUUCCAACCACUGAGCAGCAGUGUCAAGAAAUAACAUUGAUAUUCAUGUGUUUUUCACAUGUUGGUAAGGAAUGUUGUCCAGGGGACAUGAUGAGGAGCGUUGUGUAGCAGAUCCCAUUAAGUACUGUGAGAAGUGACCAUUUCCAUCAGUACCGUGGAUGUAUUCAGAAGUAAUGCCUGUCCAAAAGGUUCCGUUACUUCAAUCUAAAACCAAUUUAAAUGCACACAUUUGGAAUUAAACUGGUGUAGUAUGUUAAUAGCUUAUGGAGAAAUUGGCCAUAUUUUUUGUAGUGUUAUGUAGUUUAGUAGGAGAUUACCAACUUUUCAUCUGAAGCUUUUACAGAGUCUGAGUAUAAUGAAUUAUUCUUGGGCUACCAGUUAUGACAAGGCUGAUAACCCAAGAAUAAUUCAUUAUAUUUUACAGUUAUUUCCUGCCUCCAUUAUCAUGGUGAAAUGUAGCCAGACCAAGAUGCUACAAUCCAGAUUCCUGCCAUCUUUAUACUUGCUGCCAUGAGAACUUCAAAUUCUACAGUAUAUAAUGAACUCUGAUUAUACUAUUUUUUUAGGAAAUGUGUUCGUAAUUUAACGGAAAUUUACGAUGGAAAAAAUAAAUUGGCAUUAUUUGUUGUAACGAAUUGAAAUUUAUAUGGUAUAUUUAGUUGUUUUGUCAGCAGCUAUGUGAGAAAGUGCUGUCUACAUUGUAUCUAUAAUAGUAUUAAUUCCAAUUAAACAAACUCUAAACUGGAA